AUGGUGUUGCUUGGGUUUUGCUCUACUAAAAAUGAUAAGACUCACUCUUUCUACCUCCACCAGGUAUUGCUGCACCACUACGUGGUGGUCUGCAAGCCACCAGGUGCAGUGUUGUUUCAGACCCGGCAUGCUGUAAGGGGUGUAGUGUUCUCCUGGGUGUGGUCCUUUGUGUGGAACACACCACUGCUGCUUGGAUGGGGCAGCUACCAGCUGGAGGGUAAGAUGACUACCUGUGCCCCUAACUGGUACAGUCGAGACACAGCCAAUGUCUCCUACAUUGUUUACUUCCUGCUCUGCUUCACCCCCCCCCCCACCCCCCAUACCCUCAUCUUCUCAUACAUACGCCUUCUGUGCACCCUACAGCCGAUAGCCAAACUACAAAUGGCAGGAAGCGGAGGCACAGCCAAGGCAGAGAUGAAGGUGGUAUGGAUGGUGGUCAUGAUAGUCCUGGCCAUCUUGCUCACCUGGAUCCCCUACGCCAGCUUUACCCUCUCCAUGAUCUUCAUUCCCGGACUCCACAUUGACCCAGUGAUGGCCUCCGUCCCCAUGGACCUGGCAAAGAGCAGCACCAGCUUCAACCCCUUCAUUUACAUCUCCAUGAACAAACAGCUGAGGUUCCGGAACUUUGCUUUGCCAUAUCUUUUCUGUGGAAAAAACCCAUGGGCCACUAAGACAGGAAGCUCAGAGGUCAAAACUACACUAACUACGAUCAGCAAGAGUAGCAAGGUGUCACCGAUCUAA